AUGGCGACUGGAUCAAAAGCUGAUACUAGAUCUCAACCACGCCGUAAGUUGGCACUUGUAAUUGGUAUUGAUAACUAUGCAAGUGGUAAAAUAUUGAAGAAUGCAAGAAAUGACGCAUGUGACAUGUCGUCGAAGCUGGAAAGUAUUGGAUUUAUUACCAAUGGACCGAAAUUAGAUUUGACAUAUAAGCAAAUGGAGCAUACUCUGGUUGAAUUUAAACAUUCAAUAGAAGAAGGAGAUACUGUUUUGUUUUAUUUUGCUGGACACGGAACACAAUGGGAAGAUCAAAAUUUUUUGAUACCACGCGAUGAUGCUGACAUUGCAGUUAAAGGUGUAAAAAAUCGUGCAAUUCUUGCACAAAAAUUGUUGGAUGAAUUAACCGAUCGAAAUCCAUUUGUAACCAUAUUUUUAUUGGACUGUUGCCGACUGUAUUACUUACGUGAUCGUAAUUUAGAACAGCUGCGUGCUCGUGGUGAAAAUUUAGAUACUCCAAAAUCAAGUGGCUUAAAAGAAAUGCACCUUAGUGCAGGCUCACUUAUUGCUUUCGCAUGUGCACCUGGAGCUAUAGCUAAUGAUUGGGAAGGACAGCGAAAUGGUUUAUUUACCAAGUAUCUUUUACAACAUAUUGGAACUGUCAAUGAAGAUGUUCGAAUGAUAUUGGCGGAUGUUACCCACGAUGCUAUAAUCUUACCUUAA